CUAUCUUUACAAUACAUACCUGUGUGUUACUAUCUUUACUAUAGAUACCUGUGUGUUACUAUCUUUACUAUACAUACUGUACCUGGGUGAUACUAUCUUUACAAUACAUGCCUGUGUGAUACUAUCUUUACUAUACAUGCCUCUUGUGGCUUGAUUAUACCACCGAGUCGAUGAUGAGGCUGCUUUAAGAUACUUGAGGAGGUUGUUGUUGACCUUCUGUCUUGUCGCGGUGUUCUUGUUCUUUUGUUUUCCUGUUGCCUGGGCCCUAAUUCUAUCACCAGAAGGUUGGAGAGUCAAGCAUCUACUGUGUCUUCACUGAAGGUUGUGAUGCGUGUGUGUGUGUGUGUGUGUGUAAGAGAGGGAGAGAGGAAGUGUGUGUGUGCACGCACACAUAUAUGUGUGUUAGAGACCAUCUACCAGGUGCAUAGGAUUAGGCUCUUGGCAGCCAUUCAAAAAUGAUUAAAUCAGCGUUUUGCUUAAUUGCUAAUUAACUCAACUAGGCUUACUUUGUGCAGGGCACUUGAGUCCAAGCCGGGUCUUUGUGGGGUUAUUAGAGGUUGUGUUGUAAGUCAUUGGGAUCAUGCUAACUAAGGUGGCAGUCCAAUUGACUGGCAAGUACAUGUCCUUCAAGGUGUAAUAUUUCAAAGGUAUCAAUCUACUAACCAUGUUGAAUAGGUCAUGUUUAUCUUCUGAGGUGGUUAGCAUACAAGAUUUGCUAUUGUCCUAGGUUUGAAUUAGACAUUGACUGUCGGACGUACUAAUGGACUGAACCAAUGCUAACCCACUCACGGGGUGCCGGCGCUAAUACUCUGAUAUUUGUUGGGUUUCUGUCAUUGGUCAUUCACUUUGUGAAUGCCUAUCCCCCCUGAAAUAAGUUUUAAUACUGAUGUUUUAAUUUGGUUUCAUUACGAUAGGAAAGAAUGAAAGUCGACUAUCUACAGAACGUGCCUUCAUCAGAUGCAACCAGAAGCUACACCUUCACCAGCAAUGAGGGGAAGCGCUGUGUGGCAUGGAGACGCUAUGAUGGGUCUAUGUAUUUCACUGCUGAGCCUGAAGAGCUGGUCGACCCGGUCGUCAAAGCCAUUAAGGUUGGUGCUGUGGGUGCUCUGACGGAGAUGGUGAAGACUGGGAGAAACCUGACGGAGAGGAAUAAAUUGGGGUGGCUGCCUCUGCACGAGGCCGCAACCCAUGGGAAGAAGGAAUGCCUUGAUAUCUUACUGGAAGCCCACCCUGAGGUGAUUAACAGGUGCACAAUGAAGGGCCAGACUCCUCUCUUCCUAGCUGUGGUGGCUGAACAUGUGUCCUGUGUCCAGUGCCUGCUGGAGAAAGGAGCUAACCCCGUCAUCGCUGACAAGGACAGGGAAACCCCUCUAUAUAAAGCUUGCGAGGGAGAGAAUGUUGAGAUCGUGGCAAUGCUUUUGGGCUUCGGGGCCGGGGUGAACAAGCAUUGUAUUCAGGGCUGGACCGCCCUCCACGAGGCUGUGAUCCGCAACAACAUGGAGAUAUGUGUGCUGCUGAUGAAGGCGGGGGCCAAGCUCAGUCCAGUCAACAUGUAUGGUAUCACUCCCCUGUUCGCUGCAGCCCAGACUGGACAUGCUGAAGUACUGAACUUCCUCAUCACCAAUGGUGCAGACGUUAACAGCCAGGCGAACGAUGGGGCAACACCGCUCUAUGAAGCCUGUAAGAAUGGACAUGGGGAGAUCGUGGAGCUCCUGCUGUCUCAGAAAGCAGAUGCCAACAAACCCACCAAAGCUGGACUUCUGCCCAUUCAUAUCGCUGCCCAACGUGGAUAUGAUGAGAUCGUGUCCAGACUGAUCCAAGUCACCAGCAAGUCCAGAGUGCGACGCAGUGGCAUCAGUCCCCUCCAUCUUGCCGCCGAACACAACAAAGACAACACCCUGGAGGUUCUGAUCGAGGCAGACUUCGACGUCAAUGCCAAGCUGUCCAGCGACCGCUCUUCCAUAUACCAGGAUCGACGAACCACUGCACUCUAUUUUGCAGUCACCAACAGCAACGUUGAUGCUGCUGCCAUGCUUCUUGAGGCCGGCGCAAACCCCAACCUGGACAUCUUCAACCCGCUACUGGUGGCUGUGAAGCAGGGUUGUGUCCAAAUGGUGUGCUUACUGGUGGAGCACAGGGCAGACGUCAAUGUUAAAAUCCCAACUCACCCCACCUCGUUCCCGGCAAGUGUCAUGUUCUGUAUGAAGUAUCUAUCUCUGCUCAAGUACCUCUUGGACAAUGGCUGUGACGCCCUAUCCUGUUUCAAGUGUGAGCAUGGCACCAAACCACACCCACCGAUGAGGAAUGUAUACAAGGAUGACCUGGGUCUCUGCCAUGAGGAGCCAGGUGUGCAGUUCUGUGACAUUAUCUCCAGUCCCUCAAUACGUCAUUGGGCAGGACCCAUCAUAGAUGCACUUCUAGACUACGUCGGUAAUGUGCAGCUGUGCUCCAGACUCAUUGAACAUCUGGACAGCUACGAGGCCUGGGCCUGUAUCAAGGAGAAAUCGAUACCCCCACGGAGCCUUUUGCAGUUGUGCAGGCUGAAGAUCCGACAUCGGGUGGGAGUCCACAGACUGAGGCAGAUCAGCACCUUACCCCUACCGGGAAGACUUGUCAACUUUCUGAACCAUGAGGAGUGAUCCAUAGCACAAUAAGGACACUGGCAUGGAAUUCAAUACUGUAGAGUUGCUAACAUUCUGUUUAUGCAUGUGAUUGUGUCUGGUUAAAGGUCAAUUCUAUAUGCAUACAGCUAAUUGUAAUAUAAGGAUUGACAAAGCUCAUAUGAGUUUACCACAUUCUGAAUCAAUGCAGAUUUAAUCAUUAUUCUUUUACAUUUUGGUUUACACACAAACAUUUAGGAAACAAUGUGGUAAGCCACCGAACGUUCCAAACAAACCCCUUCAUUCAAAGAAAAUUGAAGGAGCAUGACAGGCCUGGCAUUCUAUUUCAAUGCAGAGCGUGCAAUCCGGACUUGUUUGAACAGGAAAUCUUGCAUUUUGUUACAAUGGUGCUCUUACUUGAUUUCACCCUUUAUGAAAAAAUGUUUUUUAAUCUUGUUGCUUUUAUUUCUUCAAGUAGAAGUGAAAAAUGUACGUAUCAGUAUUUUGUUUUUAUGUAUGGAGUGAAACUUAUAUUCAAUACUUAUUGUGUGAAUGCACAUGCCUAAUAAGCUCCCACCUUUAUUUGUCUAUCCAUGUUACAUGUACACAGUGUCACGUUAUACAUUUGAUUUUUGUUGUGUUGUUCAUAAGUUACUGUUGAAUGGCUUGCAGCUUUAAGACUUUUGGUGUAAUCAACCUUGGGAAGUUACAUAUUCAUAGGAAAUAAAUUAACUAACACACACAUACAUCCCCCUUAAGCUCUACAGCCCCCUCUCCAUUCCAUUUUCGCAACAGAGCCCAGUGUUUUGAACACAACACUCCCUGCGCCCUUUGACCACCAGCACUUUCAUGUCCCCUGCACCUGCCUCCCCUAGCCAGUGUCUCUCAGACGGUCAAAGGGACUAUGAGGCUCACAGUAGAUGGCAGCAGCGGCGGAUAUGCUGGCUUUGCAUAUCAUUGUGUUCCCCCAUGAGGACGGCUAAAAAUACAUGGGCCACUAUAACCACCACCUGCUAGAAGAGGCCGGACCGCUGGAUCAGGGUCAGAUAUUAUCUUUAAUCCUCCUGAUGGUUAAAGUUAGGAUUUGUGGUUUGAUCAUCUGAUCCUGGAUCUGUGGUUAAAGGAGACUUCUACCUCGAGCGAGUGAGUUUUUGGUACUGAUGGGGAGCACAGAAGGGAUAGUUCGGAGCUCUCUCUAGAACUGAAGCAGUAAGAGAAUCUGUACGAACAGAGUUUGUCAAUGACAGUCCUGGGUUCCCAAUGAGUAUGCAUGGAGUAUGCCUUUUAUGGAAGGGGAUUGCUAGUUCAAAUCCCAGGUCUGAUGGGGAAAAUCAGGCAGAAUGUAAUCAGCUUCCCUCAAACUAAAACACUUUCUUAGGGCUAAAAACCAAAACUUUGUGAUUUGUGGACAUGGACCACUUCAUCAUAACGGCUUGAAUGGUUGGAUCAUAGUGCUUAUACAACUAGCGUGAGGGUUAUGGGUCUGAAGAUAAUUGUGGUUAGACUUGUACUGCUUUUUAAAUUGUUAUGUAUGGAUUAUGAAUGUGUAAAGAAGUCCUUAUGUUGGUACCAUUCAUUAAACUGUUACCCAACAUGGAACAUGGUAUGUGUUAACUUUAAAUCACUGUGAAUUAAAGUUUCUGCUAAAUGUACCAAGUAACACCACUGAUUCCCUACACUUGGGCUGCCCAAACCUCUUCCUGGUGAUCUA